AGUCUCGGCUGCGGCGGCCGCUGGUGCUCGAGCUCCGCGCGGGGAGAUGCUGGCCCGCGCCGCGCCGCGCUGAGGCCGUGCGUGUGCCCGCGGCGGGGCUGCGUGCUCCGCGCAAACACGGUCCCUCCAUGUGAGCUGCCAGCGACUGGAAACCCCUCUGAGUCACGCUGCCCAGUGGCGAGGGGAGCGCUUGCCCGCAGUGGCAACGGCAACUCCACCGUCCCCGGCGCGCUCCCUUUUCCUUCAGCAUCCUCCUCUCUUCUGAUUUUCCUCCACGUCCUUUGGUGAUUUUUUUUUUUUUUUUUCCUGAGAGGGAGAGGGCGGGGUAGGUGUCCUCUCCUCUGCUCCCCCCGCCCUUUCCUUCUUGGUUUGAAUUUCUUCCCCCUGGCAUUUCACGGGCUCCCGGAGCAAGAGGCAGGACCCGCAGGCAGGGAAAGGAAGGCUGCGACUCCCCUGCUGCUCCAAGCCUGGCAGAACUGGAGCCCCGAGGGGGUGAGGGGAGAAGAGGAGGAGGCGGGAGGGGCUUGGCUUUUUCUUGAGGACAGCCCAUCUCCUUUCGAGAACCCCACGGAGAGACGGACGGCAUCUCUCCGCAGCGAGCUCUUGGAGUACCGCGAGCGGCAGGCGAAGGAUGGGGGCCCGGCGCGCCGGCUGCGGGGCAGCGCUCGCGCUCUGGAUUGUCGGCAGCUGCCUCUGCAGAGCCUGGACGGCGCCCUCCUCGUCCCAAAAAUGUGAUGAACCCCUUGUGUCUGGACUUCCCCACGGAGCUUUCAGCAGCUCAUCCUCUAUGUCUGGGAGCUAUUCUCCCGGCUAUGCCAAGAUCAACAAGCGAGGGGGUGCUGGGGGAUGGUCUCCAUCUGACAGUGACCAUUAUCAAUGGCUUCAGGUUGACUUUGGCAAUCGGAAGCAGAUCAGUGCCAUUGCAACCCAAGGAAGAUACAGCAGCUCGGACUGGGUGACCCAAUACCGCAUGCUCUACAGUGACACUGGGAGAAACUGGAAACCUUAUCAUCAGGAUGGGAAUAUCUGGGCAUUUCCUGGGAACGUCAACUCUGACAGCGUGGUUCGGCAUGACUUACAGCAUCCAGUUGUUGCCCGCUACGUGCGCAUGGUGCCUCUGGACUGGAACGGAGAAGGCCGCAUCGGGCUCAGAAUUGAAGUCUAUGGAUGUUCUUACUGGGCUGAUGUUAUCAACUUUGAUGGCCAUGUUGUGUUACCGUAUAGAUUCAGGAACAAGAAGAUGAAAACACUGAAAGAUGUCAUUGCCUUGAAAUUUAAAACCACUGAAAGUGAAGGAGUAAUCCUACAUGGAGAGGGGCAGCAAGGGGAUUACAUUACUUUGGAACUGAAAAAAGCCAAGCUGGUCUUCAGUUUAAACCUAGGAAGCAACCAGCUUGGCCCCAUCUAUGGCCACACGUCUGUGAUGACAGGAAGUCUGCUGGAUGAUCACCACUGGCACUCUGUGGUCAUCGAGCGCCAGGGCCGGAGCAUCAACCUCACCCUGGACAGGAGCAUGCAGCACUUCCGCACCAACGGAGAGUUCGACUACUUGGACUUGGACUAUGAGAUAACUUUUGGAGGCAUACCUUUCUCUGGUAAACCCAGUUCCAGCAGUAGAAAGAAUUUCAAAGGCUGCAUGGAAAGCAUUAACUACAAUGGCAUCAACAUAACUGAUCUUGCAAGAAGGAAGAAACUAGAGCCCUCAAAUGUGGGAAAUUUGAGUUUCUCAUGUGUGGAGCCCUACACAGUGCCUGUCUUUUUCAAUGCUACCAGUUACCUGGAGGUCCCCGGCCGGCUGAACCAGGACCUGUUUUCGGUCAGUUUCCAGUUCAGGACUUGGAGCCCCAAUGGUCUCCUGCUUUUCAGUCGCUUUGCAGAUAAUUUGGGCAACGUGGAGAUUGACCUCACUGAAAGCAAAGUGGGCGUUCACAUCAACGUCACGCAGACCAAGAUGAGCCAGAUAGACAUUUCCUCAGGUUCUGGGUUGAAUGAUGGACAGUGGCAUGAAGUUCGUUUCCUAGCUAAGGAAAAUUUUGCCAUUCUCACCAUUGAUGGUGAUGAGGCUUCAGCCGUUCGAACUAAUAGUCCUCUUCAAGUUAAAACAGGCGAGAAGUACUUUUUUGGAGGUUUUCUGAACCAGAUGAAUAACUCAAGUCACUCUGUCCUUCAGCCUUCAUUCCAAGGAUGCAUGCAGCUCAUUCAAGUGGAUGAUCAACUUGUAAAUUUAUACGAAGUGGCACAAAGGAGGCCAGGAAGUUUUGCAAAUGUCAGCAUUGACAUGUGUGCCAUCAUAGACAGAUGUGUGCCCAAUCACUGUGAGCAUGGAGGGAAGUGCUCGCAAACGUGGGACAGCUUCAAAUGCACUUGUGACGAGACGGGAUACAGUGGGGCCACCUGCCACAACUCUAUCUACGAGCCUUCCUGCGAAGCAUACAAACACCUAGGCCAGACGUCAAACUACUACUGGAUAGAUCCUGAUGGCAGCGGACCUCUGGGGCCUCUGAAAGUUUACUGCAACAUGACAGAGGACAAAGUGUGGACCAUAGUGUCUCACGAUUUGCACAUGCAGACGACAGUGGUGGGCUACAACCCAGAAAAAUACUCAGUGACACAGCUCAUUUACAGUGCCUCCAUGGACCAGAUCAGCGCCAUCACCAGCAGCGCCGAGUAUUGUGAGCAGUACGUCUCCUAUUUCUGCAAGAUGUCGAGGUUGUUGAACACCCCAGGUAGGCCAAGAAGGAAUGCUACUUUUAAUUACUGUCUCAGCUGGUGCUUGGAAUUGCCUAAACAAUACAACAGGUGUGGCUUAUUAUCUUCUAGUCCAGUCUUCAACGUGUGCCCAGCUGUGAAGAAGUACAAUAAAUCAUUUGGUUUGUUUUCUGAGGAAUGAAGCUAAGAAAGCAUG